AUGUCUCAAUCAGGGGAACCGAGUAGCCCGAGUAGCCUUGUUGUCCAUGUGCUGUGCCCUUCCGUUCCAGCGCCGAAUCGAUUCACGUUUGACAACCUUUCCUUGAACACCACCGUCGCAGACCUCAAAGCCCGGCUUUCACGCUCCAUCCAAUCUCAGCCCGCUGUAGACGAUCAAAGGCUGUUCUACCUGGGAAAGCCACUCUUAGACGAUGGCGCGACCCUGCAGUCACUUUUCGGGCCGCUGAAUGGCUCUGAGUUCUCGAUACACCUUGUUCUCCCCCCUUCUCAGCCUCAAACCUCGAAAUCCACCUCCUCCACUGCAAGUUAUGAUUCUCUUUCUUCAUACCAAGCAAGCACUAGCAUACCGAGAGACAACACGUCACAGUAUUCUACUGAGCAAAUGAACCCUAGAGCAAGACACAGGCCCCCUGGUCAGUUGAGUCAGACUGACAUGGCACGUGCUUUGCAAGAGAGUGCCCGCCGGCGUCUCAUGGAAUUGAAUCAACGAAAUGGAGGAUUUCCCCAUCAUCGAAGCUGGGACUCGGCCCUCUGGACAUCGUCGCGCCAGCUCCAUCGAUCACCAUUGCAUAUACCGGAGCCGUCAGCACCUGGUACACAUACUACAGCACCUUUUGUGGCGACUCCUACCUCGCCGUAUUCGGCUUCGGGGCAUGAGCUACAGCUUCCUGGCGAGGUCCAACCGCGGCUGAGACUGCUCAAACAAUAUAUUAGCCUGGCGGAAGAACAGCUAAAUUGCGGCAUUGCGCCCCCGUUAGACCAUGUAAUUCAACUCCGCACGCAACUGUUUAAACUACUGGACGACCAACUGCAAAGGCCUCUCUCCGAACGAGGCGAACACCUUGAACCAUUGGUCUCUCGAGUUUUUGAGAUUUCCUCGCGCUCGGAUAUUCUCCGCCAACGCCAUUUGCUGACUGUGCACCAUGGCUCUCCCAGGGCAGCGGCUCCUAUGUACCUUCUCUCUUCACCCAAUGGCUACCAGGCUGUUGUUGCAUCGCCAACCGCAGCAGAUACCUCGCGGCAUUACUCCUGGGCUCGUGGAACAACACCUUCCGCCAGUAAUGCGCCCAUGCCAGAUGCACAGCAACCACACGCGGAGGCAGCUGUUAUGGAGAACGUAGUCCGUCAAGCUGUGCUCAACCAGCGGCCUGCUGUCGCCGACGGUCAAUUGGGCUUGGGUCGGAACCUACGGCGACUGUGGCUUUUUGUGCGGCUAUAUUUCUUCUGCUUCAUGUUCAGUCCCGCUGGGACUUGGACCCGUAUUAUUUACGUUGCUUUAGCCGUAGUGGCAUCGAUCCUUUCAGAGACUAGUGUCCCACGACGGGUGUAUGAAUUAAUCCUCGCCCCUGUUCAGAGACACCUCGAAGGGUUGGUGCACUUUGCGCCAGAGGAGCCACUUCCGCCACGCGCACAAGGUACGGAAGGGACUGGUGACGACGCUACAACGAACCAGAUGGGAAUUCGGAAUGACCAUGACGCCAACUGGACUGCUGGUUUGCACCACAGUUUGCGAAGAGUGGAGCGAUCCGCAGCUCUCUUUAUCGCCAGCUUAGUGCCUGGCGUAGGAGAGAGGCACAUCGAGGUACGCAACGCGGCGGAGGCCGCACGCAAUGCUGAACUGGCACGUCAGGAAGAGGAGCGGCGCCGACAAGAGGAAGAAGCUGCCUCAGCUGCAACCGGAGAACAGGAGACAGAGGACCAGCCGCAGGCGGGAGAUGCAGCGGUGUCGGAUUGGAGCACUCGCGCAAGUACAGGGAGCCCAACCCCAACUGAACGCCAACCCUCGAUACCCCAAGAAGCCUCGCCAUGA